AUGGACCGCCAGCCCCGGCAAGAGCAGCCGCUGCUCACCGAGACGCGAGAGAGCGCGUUGUGGGGUUACGAAGAGAUCUUUGAUGCUUUUCCGCUUCAGCCCCAACCGCAGCAAACAGAAGCGUGGAACGAUACCGACGGUGCAGUCUUCGGUUCCCACAUUACUAAUUACGAUGCUUCGCCGCCCGCCCCAGCAGUCUCCGAAAGCAAGCGCGGCAGUGUCCCGGCGUUGCUAUGGGAUGUCUUGAAGUGGUGGCAGAUCGAGAUAUUUGCGUGUCUCGCCUCAGUCGCGGCCAUCGUGGCCCAGGCCGUGGUCAUGCUGCGAUUCAAUGGCAGACCCCAAGAGAGCUGGCCCAGCACAACCCUGACCCUCAACGGCCUCAUCGCCAUCUUGGCGACCCUCUGUCGAGGCAGCCUGAUGGUGCCGGUCGCAUCCGUGCUCGCCCAGUCCAAGUGGACGAGGUUCGACAGCAGGAGCAGGAGAGCUCACAAGCUCGCCGAGUGGGAGCUGCUGGAUGAAGCCUCGCGAGGCUCGCUUGGAAGCCUGCAAGUCCUGUGGAAGUUCAAAGGCGUCCUCCAUGUCAGCUGCAUAGGCGCCGUGAUCACCAUCGCGUCGCUUGCACUUAGCACAUUCUCGCAGCAGGUCGUUUCCCUGCAGAGCAUUCUCGUGCCGGCCACAGAUGGCGACACCCUGAACAAGACUGCGUCCGUGCCAUGGACGGAUAGCCCAAAUGUUCGGGUCUGGUCGGCCGGUGAAUUCGGCAGUAUGUCGACCGUGGUGAAACUCGCAAUCAUCGAGGGCAUCAUGGCCCCAGACGUUGCCUCGCUCCCGCUGUCGUGCCCGACUGGCAACUGCACCUGGCCGGACUUCACGACGGUGGGUGCCUGUGGGAGGUGCGUCAACAUCACCGAGGACGUGCGCUUCACUCAGUCGACACUCUCCGAGACCUACACCCUGCCAAAUGGGCUGUGGGUGGGCAGGAAUCCUGUUGCGACCACCGCUGCCAACGAGACUCUGGGCUUCUCUGCAAACAUUACCCAGACGACUCGCCUGUUCGACCCAGUCAGAUCGCCGAAUCCCAAGUACGAGAGGGCCCUCGCUCUCGCCGAGUUCGCCAUGCUAGGUUUUGAGAAUCUGCGGUGGCAAGGAGGACCACCAGUUGCCUUCGAGUGUGGGAUUUGGCUCUGCUUGCAGGCCCGCCGAGUGAGCGUCACUGCUGGCCAGCAGACUGACAAGGUGAUCGAAAGCUGGACCAAGGUCGAUGUGAGAAUCGGUACUCCGUUUAUAGACAUGCCCAGUCCGCCUUUCGUGGGCCACGAAGAUAUGUAUUUCUGGGCCACAAGGGAGCCAUCCGUCUCACUGGAGUCCUUUAUACAGCCCAUGUUGAAUGGCAACAUCACUCUGUCCGGGACCCCACCGUCUCCGGUCUUUUCAUCUGACUACAUCCAGGCCUUGUCCGCUAACCUGGGUGACCCUAGCCAAUGGAUCGGCCGACUCGCCGAGAGCACAACGAACGGACUGCGGCAAAUGGGUCCUUACAAGAACACCACGCUGGCCUACGACGGCGAGGCGCACGUCGUCCAAGUCAUAGUCGUGGCCCGAUGGCACUGGCUAGCAUAUCCAGCGGUCCUGGUAUUGCUGACUGUCAUCUAUCUCGUCUUUGAGAUCACGCGGACAACAACGAGCAACACCAGGCCCUGGAAAGCGGACCCCCUGGUGCCCUUGUACGCGUAUCUGGAUCUAGACCGCAAUGUACUUUCUGCGGCUCGAGAUGGUCUCAACAAGCCGUCGGGACUGAGUGCAGAGCUGGGAGACCUUGCGGUCCGCCUUGAUGUGGGGUAUGAUCACGGAGUGCGUUUUAGCGGCAGGAUAGCAGUGGAUGGUGAGGUGGCCCAAGGCAGGUCUUGA